UUCUUUGAAAGAGAUGAGCCUGACUUGGUGAGACAAACAUGUCCUGCCCUCAGCGUCGUCGGGUCCUCACACACCUGUGGCCGCUCCUGCUGAUCCUGGCUCCUGGAAGAGAGCAAUCAGGCGUACUUCCAAAAGCCGUACUUCUGCUCGAUCCUCCAUGGUCCACCACAUUCAAAGGAAAAAAAAUGACUCUCAGAUGUACUGAUUCCCAUUCUCCAACAAAGGGACAGGCAUCUUGGUUUUGUGACAAGAAAAUAUUGAAUACGGUAUCUGAAAUCAUCACAAUUGAAACAUCUGGGAGUUACCAGUGCAAGACCCCUGAAUCUUCUUUCAGUGACCCUGUGCACGUGGAAUUUUCCCCUGACUCGCUGAUCCUCCAGGCUCCCCACCCUGUCUAUGAAGGAGAUGAUGUAACUCUGAGAUGCCUGGGGAAAGAAGAAAAGAAUACAUUGAAAAAGAUUUACUAUAAAAAUGGAGAAAAACUCCAUGAGAGUGACUAUUUAGACCUCAUCACUGUAAAUUCAGUCUCCAUGAACUCUGAUCAAUAUUAUUGUACUGCUUAUGACAAAUGGCUCCUAAUCCCAUUCAAAAAAACUUCAAAAUCUUUAAGCAUCCAAGUUCAAGAGCUGUUUCCACGCCCUGUGCUGACUUCUAGCCCAGCCCAGCCCAUCGAAGGUGGCCCAAUGUACUUGACCUGUGAGACCCAGCUCCCUCCACAGAAGCCAGAUGUCCGGCUCCAGUUCUGCUUCUUUAGAGAUGCCCAGAUCCUGGGGUCAGGCUGCAGCAGCUCCCCGGAGCUCCAGAUCCCCACCAUGUGGACUGAGGACUCAGGGUCCUACUGGUGCCAGGCAAAGACAGUGAUGCCUAACAUCACAAAAAUGAGCCAGAAGUCUCAGAUACAUGUGCAGAGGAUCCCUGUGUCUAAAGUGAAUCUAGAGAUCCAGCCCCCAAAGGGUCAGCUGAUUGAAGGACACAGUUUGCUUCUUAUCUGCUCAGUAACGAAGGGCACAGGGGUUAUUACCUUCUCCUGGCACAGAGAUGGGACGGGAAUUCUGGGCAGAAAGACCCAGCGUUCCCUGUUGGCCGAGCUGCAGGUGCCCACAGUGAAGGAACAUGAUGCAGGGAAAUAUUAUUGCACGGCUGACAACAGUGAUGGCCCCAUCCUCAGCAACAAGAUUAGAAUCCCUGUGAAAAUUCCAGCGUCUAGCCCAGUCCUCACCAUCAGGGCUCCCAGGGCCCCGGCUGUGGUGGGGGACCUUGUGGAGCUUCACUGUGAGGCCCUGAGAGGCUCUCCUCCGAUCCUGUACCUGUUUUAUCAUGAGAACGUCACCGUGGGGAACAGCUCAGCACCCUCUGGAGGAGGAGCAUCCUUCAAGGUCUUCUUGACUGCGGAACACUCCGGGAACUAUUUCUGCGAGGCUGACAAUGGCCUGGGGGCCCAGCGCAGUCACGGAGAGAGUUUGAAGGUCGCAGUUCCAGUAUCCUGCCCUGUCUUCACCCUCAGGUCCCCUGGAGCCCAGGCUGUGGUCGGGGACAUAGUGGAGCUUCACUGUGAGGCCCUGAGAGGCUCUGCCCCGAUCCUGUACCGGUUUUACCGUGAAAAUGUCACUCUGGGGAACAGCUCAGCUCCCUCGGGAGGAGGAGCAUCCUUCAAGCUCUUGUUGAACACAGAGCAUGCUGGAAACUACUCCUGCGAGGCUGACAAUGGCCUGGGAGCCCAGCACAGUGAGGUGAUGACACUCAGUGUCAUAGAAUUAUCUUUUUGUCUCGGAUUUUGGCAGUUUGAAUACAGUGUGUUCCGAAGAGCCUGUUCUGGUUUGAAUUUGAAACGUCAUCGAACAGACAUGUGUUAUAGGCUUGGUUGUCUGCUGAUUGACUUUUGGGAAUGUGGCUGA